AUAUGAGCUCAGUGAACCGGGACAAGUUUCUUCUCUCUGUAUCCUAGGUAUCCUAGAGAUAAAAACCUUAAUCCUCGAUGCAGGAUUCCAAGUUAAAUCCUCCCUGUGAAUAUAUAAAGUUAACCCUAUCUCCCCAAUAAACUCUGUUUAUGCAGGAUAUUCAAAAUGGUGGAAAUCGACAAAAAUAUUUGAGAUUAAAAUCGUGAAUUGAGAUAUGGUGAACUACACGGAGGAGAGAAAAUGUUUCAGUCCAAAAUAUUUAGUUAUAAAUUCAAUAGUUUCCAUGAUGAAGAGAGGAGAGAGGGGGCUCUGGGCUUCAAGAUAACCGCCAUUCAAGAGGAGAGGGCGGAGGAAGAGGCGGUUUCCCCCAAGAUGGAAACCCGCCGCAAGUUUGGAAUAGCCGAACCUAAUUCUAACCCCGGCGAUCCGAGUAACCCUGCCAGGAUUAAUGAAAGUAAAUCAUUAAAAUUCUUUAAAUCUGGAGGGGUUUGCUCCGUCAUAGAUGAGGAGAAGGAUAAGAACGAAACCGCUCCUCUAGAGCGGCAAGAUAGCGAGCUAUCAACCUUAUCCUCUUUUAGCGAGGUCGACCUCGACGAGUUUUAUGUCGAAGAAAGUCCUCCUGGGACGGAAGAGGACGACAAUAGAUUCACUUUCUCAUAUAAUUCAACGUUUCAUCGAGAAAAGCUCCACCAGGAGGGAGGCGGUAGGAGGUCGGAGGAUGCUGGCUCCGACAAGGACGAGGCCGGAGAUACCGAGGGAGAAGACGAGGAUCCUGAGCUCACUGUUCUCAACCAGUCCGGAGUAGAGGACAGUUUAUCCAUCCCGGAGCAGGAUAUCCGCCCCAAACUAAUUCUGAACAUCAUGUCUGGUUCAAACGACGAGAAGAGUGUGGUGAUGAGACAGGAGGAGGUGGAGGAGCAGGAUCAAUUCUUUGAUACUCCUCCGGGUUCAGCUCCUGUUAUACUACGACAUCCAAGGGUUCCUCCGCUACAUGGUUCAAGUUUAGUUCAGCACAAGUGUUCUGAACCCUGUAUGAACAGCCUACUAAGAAACCCACGACUUCAAGGUUUAGCCAACUCAGGAGCUCACACUAAUCCACCGCCCACACCAACCAAUCUUCUUCCUCCUGCGUUCCCAGUAGAGAAACAGAACCCGGAGCAUGGUUCUAAACGAGCAGGAGCAGGGUUGGGUAUGUCGAGAAGUAUCUCCGAUACUACCCUGAGACGUGCUGCUUUGCACCUUAAUCUCAGUCAAUCUGUUUUACCUUCUUUUACAUCUUUGCAACAGUUCAAGAAAGAACUAUCUGUAUCCCGACGAACUGCUGCACGAAGUCAGAGGAAGUCCAUGAUUGUCCAGACCAGUCCAACCAUGCCGAGAUGUCAUUCUCCUAUUACUACUGUCUCCCCACUUGAUUCCCCGAAAGUGUCUCCCUCUCAGUUUGCAUUUGUUAACAUCAAGAAAGCAGACGGGAGAAGAUGGUCUGUAGCCAGCCUACCCAGCUCCGGGUAUGGAACUACUCCUGGUUCUAGUAAUGUCUCCAGUCAGUGCUCUAGUCAGGAGAAACUUCAUCAGAUCUUGGCUCCACAUGGAGCUCUAGCUCCUAGUACUGCUGAACUACAAUCCAUGCACAGGCAUUUUUCUUCUAAUGAUUCCAACCCUGGUCUCAUAGAUCUAGAUGAUGGCAGAAGAUCACCUGCUUUCCGUCCUAGAUCAAGAUCGCUCAGUUCUCCGAUCCGUACUCCUCUGAUCGACAACGAGAUCGUCCUGAUGAACACGCUCUACAAGGAGAGGUUCCCCAAGGCCACCCAGCAGAUGGAAGAGAGACUCAAGAACUUUAUUACAGAUCAUGAAAGGUUGUGUGAACCCAACGAGGAUCAAGAGAUAAACCAUGAUAGUGUUGCUAUAGUUAGAUUCGUCCAUCAUCAGGUUCUAGAGAUGGCCAGGGAUUGUUUAACCAAGUCACAGGAGAGAUUGGUAACAAGCAGGUAUUUUUACGAGUUGAGUGAGAACCUUGAGAAACUGUUGGUUCAAACAAGAGAAAAAUCUCCCGAGGCGGCGGCUCUUCUCACUUGUCUGGUAAAGAAACUACUUCUUAUUGUAUCCCGUCCUGCUCGACUCCUGGAGUGCCUGGAGUUUGAUCCGGAGGAAUUCUAUCAACUCCUGGAGGCAGCUGAAGGACAGGCGAGAGUUGUGCACGGAGUUCAAACACAGCUUCCUCAGUAUAUAAUAAACAAACUGGGAUUAAACAGAGACCCCCUGGCAGAGUUACAACAAGACCUGGCAGCCCUAGAUACAUCCAGUGUUUGCUCAAGUCCUGAGAGGAACAGGGAGGGAAGCCUUGAACCAACACAUUCUACUCCUAAAGGGUCUGAUAGUGAGAACACGUCUGGAGCAGGAUCGGUAACCGGAGAAAACUUCCGGAGUAAACCUCCGUGUGAGGAUGAUUUUGAGGUUGCAAAACUGAUCUCCAACGGAGCCUAUGGAGCUGUGUAUCUAGUCAAGCACAAGGAGUCCAGGCAGAGGUUUGCUCUCAAGAAGAUCAACAAGCAGAACCUUAUCCUUAGGAACCAGGUGGAGCAGGUUUUCGCGGAGAGAGAUAUCAUGUCCUUCUCCGACAAUCCCUUCGUAGUGUCAAUGUACUGCAGCUUCGAGUCCAGGAAGCACCUGUGUAUGGUGAUGGAGUAUGUGGAGGGUGGAGAUUGUGCAAACCUUCUCAAGAAUAUGGGACCGUUUCCUGCUGAUAUGGCGAGGUUUUACUUCGCAGAAACAGUUCUAGCUGUUGAGUACUUACACUCAUUUGGAAUAGUGCACAGGGAUCUGAAACCUGAUAAUCUUCUCAUCACCGCACUUGGGCAUAUUAAACUCACAGACUUUGGUCUUUCAAAGAUGGGACUCAUGUCCCUCGCAACCAACCUCUACGAGGGGUAUAUUGACAAGGAAACUAAGCAGUUCUCCGACAAACAGGUUUUUGGAACUCCGGAGUAUAUAGCGCCAGAGGUUAUUCUCCGACAAGGAUACGGUAAGACCGUUGACUGGUGGAGUAUGGGAAUUAUUCUCUACGAAUUUCUGAUCGGAUGUGUUCCGUUCUUCGGAGAUACUCCGGAGGAACUUUUCGGACACACUGUUAACGAUGAUAUUGAGUGGCCGGGAGAUGAUGAUUGGCCGGUUCAACCUGAAGCCAAGGAGAUCAUCUCCUUCCUUCUGCAGCAGAAUCCUUUAGAUAGACUUGGUCUUGGCGGAGCAUAUGAGGUGAAGGAGCAUGUUUACUUCCAGGGGAUAGACUGGAAUUCGUUACUCAGAAUGAAAGCUGAUUUCAUCCCUCAGCUGGAGGAUGAUGAGGAUACAUCCUACUUUGAUUCAAGGAGUGACAGGUACAACCAUUCAACCCUGGAUACAGACGGAGAAGUUACAAGAUCUUCUGCUGAUGAUUCCCUGGAGGAUGCCCCGUUAUUCCGAUCCUUCUCCUCCUGCUCUCCACGCUAUAGAAAAGUUCAUGGAAAGGAUUCGACUGCUCAAUUCCGACACAGUAUAUCCAGGUGUGAGAGUUCAGAUAACUCGGACAAUCUGUCCAUCAGUAGUCAGUCUCCUAACAGUGUUGGUUCUUCUCCUAGUUUUGGUCCAUCAGGUCCCUCCAAGCUAUCCAUGUCUCCUGAGCUGAGACGACCCAUGGAGAUAGAGAACCUGAAGAGAGCGGAGAACACUAAGUCCUGUCCGGAGCUUGAAGCUAUGCUUGCUAACGCUGGACUCAAGAUACCAACUACUGUUGGCAAGAUUGAACCCGAGAAGAGUAAAUCUGAAGUUGAAGCACAGCAAACGUCACGAGCACUUGCUAACUUUAAACUGAAAUCUCAGGAGGAGCUGGGCAAGAGUAGUUUGUCUACUGUGAGCUAUACUCGUUCCGUCUCCGCAACCGAAUCCUCGCAGACGGAUAGCGAGGAGUGUAGUCCACAGUUGCAUCGGAGAAGGAAACAUUUGCAGGGCCGUGAACCUUUACCCAAGUUCUCUAUCUCGUUAGAAGAAGAUGAUAAGCAUCAUGAUCCGUUAACUCUACGUGGUUUAAAAGAUGUAAGUUUAUCUGGUCCCACCUCUCUACCCUGUCUGAUAACUCCUACACCUAGAGUAUCCGUGGAACCUGAAAUACCCAGUCCGCUCGUCAAGGGUGAGAAGAGUAAAUCCAUUGUUAAGAGUAGCAGUAUCAGCGGUCUUAGUCUCAUUAUUCCAACUGAUCUGAUCCACCAGGACGGAGCAACUGGAGGAGUUAGUCCUAGUAUUAUUCAGAGCGUUCAGUCUCCAGGUGGUUCCAGUACGGCAAGUAGCAGGGACGCGUCCCCAUGUCGAGAUAUUUCUCCACUUAUCAAUAGUCUCAAACCCCCCAUCAUCAUAAGACGUGGUCCUCGUGGUUUUGGAUUUACGAUACGCGCAAUCCGGGUAUACUUUGGAGACACAGACUUCUAUACAGUCCAUCAUCUUGUUAUGGAGGUUGAUAAGGGGUCUCCGGCUUUCGACGCAGGACUGAGACCAGGAGAUCUUGUCACUCAUAUAAACGGAGAAGCUGUUCAAGGUCUCUACCAUACUCAGGUUCUUCAGCUUCUUAUGUCAGGAGGAGAAGCAGUUACUCUGAGAGCCACUGCUCUGGAAACCACGUCUAUUAAAACCGGAGGACGGAGAAGGGAUCCUGCUUCUAUAAAAAUGGCGCGCCGAAAUGUCGCCAAGCAUCGACAGAAGAAAAGAGACGUGGAUAAACGUCGUAAAACGUCCUUAUUCCGUAAACUCUCCAGCAAGAGAGCAAGUGCGGAGAUGCAACAGAUUGCUAAUGCUGGAAUGUUGUCUGCUAGUAGAUCAUUACAGUCUCUUCGGGAACCAGUUAUUCCCAUUCCUGGUGUUAAAUCUCCACCAGCUGGGAGACUUCAUUCCCCCACCCCACUACCAGAUUCCCCCCUUUCCUCCCCCUCAGAGUCCUGUGAUACAUCCAGUGCCUGUUCUCUUUCAGGCGGUCUAAACUCCUCCAGCUCAACUAGACCUUCCUCUCUACACGGACUCAAGCAUAAACUUCAUAUAAAAACCAAGAAUCUGCAUUCUCCUAGACGGAAAUCUGUUGGACACAUCCCCCUGUCUCCUUUGGCUAGAACACCGUCCCCGUCUCCUCUGCCGGUCUCUCCGACAAGGUCACCUAGUCCUCUUGCUCUACCCUUGGGUCAUCAACCUGGAUCGUCCAACGCAACUCAGUCCUUCUCUCCAGGCAGUAAUCUGAGUAUUACUCCCAGUAAAAAGUCUUUCUCUCGACCCAAGUCCACUGAGCCGAGCACUGCAGGUUCUCCUCUUUUGAGACGAGCUCUAUCUCCGGAUAGGUUGCAUCCUAGAAGUGCGGAAGGAAAGAAACCUACAACAAUAUCCCCUCUGUGUAGUAAAGCUAUUGGAGGAACGAAACAUUCCUACAGUUCAUCAUCUACAAAUACUUCUCCUCUACCUUCCAGAGCUCUUCAUUCCUCUCCAAUCAGUUCUCAUGAGCAAACCACCGGAGAUUCUCCCACUCUAUCCCAUCUUGGGCACCACAGGAAGCACUCGUGUAAAUCCCUGAGUCAGCCCACUAUACCAGAGGAAGGUCCUGAACACGAGGACUAUUCUCCAACAGCAUUCCCAACCAGCACCAGUUCCACAGCUCAGAGUAUUACAAAUAAAAUUUUUGCCUCGUUCACCAGUAAAUCUACAGACAAGAAUACGACCAAUCCACCAAAGGAGGAGAAAAAAGUUGAUCUGAGAGCUACUAAAAGCUUAAACACGGAAGUGAUGAAAACCAAGGACAUGAAGGAAGUGCAAGGUGUAGGAGUGUCCGGAUCUGGGUCUAAUACUAAGCUCAAGAAAUCCUCGUCAUUUAAAGAGGACAUCGCGACAGCAGACGGUAAGACUUCGGAGAAAAGCACGGUUGUAAAUGCAACCGUCAAAUCCCCGAAACUUUCCCGAGCUGAGUCUAUGACAGAGAGAACUGUUCAGAAGAUCACGAAGGUUAUUCGUGGCUCCUCAAGAUCAGAAUCAAGGUCCAAGAAGACCAGGGAAACUAGUCUCAGUCCUAAAGGCGUAAAAUCAGAUCAUGAAAAACCUGGGACCAAAAAAAGUGAGGCUGUAAAAUCAGAUUUGAAAAAGACGACUGAUAAAGAUAAGAAGUCAGCAAACGAAAAAAGAGAAAUGUUUAAAAGUCAUUACAGCAAAGAUUAAGAUUUCUUUUGGUUUAAGUAUUUAAGAUGUUAUAUGUAUUAUAAAUUGUUGCUUUUUAGUCUAUAUCGACCACAUUCAGAGGUUGGACAUCCUUUUUAGACCGGUUUCAAAUACUUUUACGUCACAGUUAUUCUUGAGUUUUUAUCAACAGCUAAAUUUUACAAAAAUUAGAUUAUUUAUUUGAAAAACGAAUAAUAACUUAAAUAUCGAAUAACAAUCUCAUCGGUCCCUAAACGAUAUCCAGCGCUUAACAUUUUUAUUAUUUGAAGAAACCAACCCAGCAUCAUUCAUUUCCAACCCAUCUUAUCGAAUAUUCACCCUGAAAACAGUUAUAUUAAUUUCUAUUUUAUUAUUCUUCCUUGGAACCAGUUAAACUUAGAUAUACUUUUCCUUGGAACAAGCUAAAAUUGGGUAUAUUUAUCCUUGGAACCAGUUAAACCUUAGUAUAUUUUUCCUUGAAACAAGUUGGAAUUGGUUAUAUUUUACCUUGGAACAAGUUAAACUGGUUUUACUUUUCCUUGAAACAAGUUAAAACUGGUUAUAUUUUUCCAUUAAACCUACGUAUACUUU